CACAUCACCACUCAUCUUACAUCUAACAGCUCCGUUCUCUCUCUUCCCUUCUAUUUCUCUCCUCUCCUACAUAUUUAUUUUCUCUUCUCUUUUUCAUUUUAGCUUUGCUUUUUUUAUUUAAUUUUCCUUCCUUCAACCCCAGCCUCAGCCCAAAUCUCUGCCCUGGCGGCGCCUGCUUCUCCCCUUCCUCGCGUUACAUACUAAUCUUAAAUCUUUCUCUGUCUUUCUUUCUUUAAAAGUUUCGAUCUGAUAAAGAAGGAUCUUUUUAUUUUUUUGGGAUUUGGAUAAUAUUAUGAAAGAGCCCGCCAUGGUAGCGGCUACGCAACAACAACAACAACAACAACUGCAGCAGCAACAGCAACAACAGCAACAGGCGGCGGCGGCGGCGGGGGCUACAAAAACAUCGGCGGAGGAAGAGGCUUUGAAGAGGAACACCGAUUGCGUUUACUUUCUUGCUUCUCCUUUAACCUGCAAAAAGGGAAGUGAAUGUGAGUAUCGUCAUAGCGAAUAUGCCCGGGUUAAUCCAAGGGAUUGUUAUUUCUGGUUGAAUGGUAAUUGCUUGAACCCGAAAUGUGGAUUUCGGCACCCUCCCCUUGAUGGCUUGUUGGGAACGCAAGUAGCAGCUCCAGCUGGUUCUUCCAUUUCUUCAUCACAGAUAGCAGCAACACCAACACCUGCUGCUCAUACGCUUUACAACCAGGGUGCUUCUUACAAUUCCAGUAAACAAGCAGUGCCAUGUAUUUUCUUCCAAAAGGGGCUUUGCUUAAAAGGUGAUAGAUGUGCUUUUUUGCAUGGUUCAACUACAAAUAAUAAAGCCUCACAGCCAGCGGCGGCUACUCCUGCUACUGAGCCUCAUUCUUUGAAGAAGGCUUUCGGUGCCCUUGAAACGUCUCAGCUGCAGAAGUUUCCCCCAAGUAAUGUCUCAAAGACGGUUGGAGCAUCUCUUGAAGGUAAACCUGCUCUGAAAGUUGAAACUGUUUCUGCUAGAGCUGGUGCUGGAAUUGAGAGAAGCGUGCCACGUCCAGCAGGCUCAGAUGAGGAACUUCCUCGACACAAAGGAGCGAAUAUUACUCAAGUUGUUAAUGGUGGCUCUGUGAGUCGUUCCAAUCGCUUGCAUCAGGCCCAUGCACCAGUUGAACAGACUUUUCAUGCUGGUAAGGACACUGAUGAAUUUUUGAGGGAGUCUUCUCCUGGUUUUGAUGUUCUUGUGGAUGAUGAGCUUAGAGAUUCUGAUUUCUACCACGGUGAAGAUCAAUAUGGAGGUACGGGAGGACAUGAGGGAAGGAAUGUGAGUGAAUAUGACAUCGGCCGCUCUGCUAAUUAUGAUGCCAUGGCUGAUGUUGACCGAGAAAUGUUUCGUGAUGCACGAGGCUAUGAUUCAUUUGACCAUGUGCAAGGGUAUUAUGGUUGGGACCAACAGAGGGCUUCAUCUGAGAGGAUAUCUCUGGGACCAUCUACUCUGGAAAGAAGGGGUUACUCUAUAGCUGAUAGUCCUGAUCACGUUGAGGAGUCAGAUCUAAGAUAUCGUUUAUCUAAGCAUAGGAGGUUUAAUGGCCUGAGGUCUGUUGUCAGUCAUGAUCAUGCCUUAGAAAACCAUGAAGAGGAGCAAAAUUACCGGGCUUCUCUUAGAGACUCUCACCAUCUACCUGCCCAUGAGAGUUCCCUUAGUAGUCGUCUUCGGGGUAGAAUAAAGCUUCCAGGGAGAUCUCUCGUCAAUGGGACUGAUUUGCGUUCUGAAAGAGAGAUAGAACGGGGACGAAAUUGGGGCCAACUCUCACCGGGAAAGCCACAAACCUCUUCCCACCAGGGCAGGCUCCGUGACAGAAUAAAAGGAAGGGUGGAAGGGGAAUACAACAAUAAAGAAGGUCGAAAUUUUAGGGGUCCGAGGAUUAAAAGAGAUAUAAUGGAUGAGAGCAAUGCUAAUUUUGCUGGUCCAAAAAGUCUUGCUGAGCUGAAAGUUGGGAAGAAUACUGAGAAUAAGGAACAGCAGUCUCUUGGAAAGCGAAAGAACAUUGAGGAAUAUCAACAAACUGAAGGUGAUCUUUCUUUUGAAGGGCCAAUGCCUUUGAGCGAGAUUCUGAAGAGAAAAAGACAAUCUGGAGCUGCAGCUUAUGGGAGUGGUAUAGCACCUGUAAAUAAAGAAGACAUUAACCAGAAACAAAGCAAGGAAAGCUUGAUUGGUAGCUCCACUAACACAGUAGUAUUGCCAACACUGGAAGAGGCCAACAAGAAGGAAGAAUCCAAGUCCGGAAUUGCGGAGAGUGGAACAACGGAAAUUGUGCAUGGUGAAUCUUCUCAACUACGCAAUGCAAAUGAUGGAAAAAUGGGGAAAGGUCAAAUAUCUGAAAAUUUUCUGUUGAGCCAGAAUUUUCGUACACAUGAUGGUGUCCUCAGCUUAGCGCAGAGUGUCAUCGACCUCCUUUACCAUUUCUUUCCUUCGUUUGUUGAUAUAUUAUCCCCUGAAACUAGUCUCAUAUAUGGAGAAGCCCCAAUUUUGCUUGAAUCUGAGAAUGAAGACAAUGCAAUUGCAACAAUAUUCAGGAACCAUGGUAAUGUUGGGGGACAUAUGGUUGGGUUUGGAGCAGAGCAGGUCAUAUUAGUACGAGAUGAUCCUGCUAAGAAUGAAAUUUCGAAGUAUGUCGGCAAGCAAGCACUUGUUCUGACUAUAGUGGAAUGCAAAGGUUUAGAGUUUCAGUUCAUCACCUUUAAAGAGUCAGUGGAGAGUUGUAUAUGCAUACAUGAAGAAGCAAGGCUUGCUUGA